AUCAAAUAUGCGACCGUCGAUUGUGUUUGCGACCAUUGCCUCCCAGUGCUUACUUGUCGCUGCGCGUGAGAAUAAUGACGCACAGCAUUGGGAAGCAAGUGCCAUUGAUGCGCACAUAAAUGCGAAACAUCCGCACCAGGAUCCAUGGCAAAAAGGUCCGCUGGUAGAACGAUGGCGACAAUGGAUGCGACGACAAGAUACGAGCGCAACAGACGACAAGGAAACGUCGACAGAAGCAAAGUCUGAGACGAGAGAGACGACAACAGAAGACAAGGCUACAACUACUGAGGACAAACAAACAACUACAGAAGAUAAACCGACAACAACAGAAGAUAAACCAACAACAACAGACGAGCCUGUGUCAACGACCGAAGAGUCCACUACAGAAGCGACGUCGACUGAGCAAUCUUCUUCAUCAUCAAUAAUCUCAUCCACAGAGACAUCAAGCGACCCAACAUCCACAUCCACAUCCACAUCCGCAUCCACAUCCACAAGAAGUACCCUCACGUCUCUAGCGCAGGGAGCAUCAUGCUACAGUACAACCGUCUCAACCAGCGUCGUCUGCCACAUCACAACCGACGGCCGUACCGAGAGCGCUUCAUGCAUCACGAACAGAAUGACAUCCAGCACCUGCGCCCCGGGUCUCUUCUGCGAGAUACACCCCGACUCUGGCUCGACGGUAUGCAUGGAGCAGCACAACGAGAUUGGAACGGAAGGAAUAGUCGUGGCGUCUAUCUUUGCAGUGUGUAUUGCCGGCUGCAUGGCUGUUUUGGUAGGCAUGUGCGUAAGAGACAAGCGUGCGCAGAAAAAGUUUGAGAAAUUGAAGAGAGUCAAGACUCUGAGAACGGCUAAGAGGGAGGAGCACGCGAAUCUGAUGGCGGCAGGAGGACAAAUUUAGUUGAUUCAAGGGGGAUGUGUACUUGUAUGGAACGAUGGAGAUAUCAACUACCGCUUGGGGUGACGAGAUCAUAUGAGGAAAUGUGUUGGACCGAGUAAAUGAGAUUACAAUAACAGGCGACGGAAUUCAC